UUCAGAUGAGCUGCAUGCUGAACUGAAGAGCGGCUCCUCCAGCUGCAGAAAACAUAUGAGCCUCAUGAAUACCUCCUGAUAUGAGAGAAAUCACUAAAUUAUGAGUUUAAUCAAAGGAGUUUGGUGUCACGUCUGUCUACGUACAGGCGAAUGUUAUGAAGGUAUUGUUAGUUUUUACUGCAGUUUAUGAAGAUCUGCAGAAUUAUUGGGACGUAGUAAUACAGAUAAAUUGCUUUAUAUAUCUGAUGUCUAUAUUCAAAAAAGAUCUUAAAAUUGUUAAAUAUUCAACAUGCAGCCAUAAAGUAAAGGAUUAGCAGUACGAAUUGAACAGUCAACGUCAACAGGAGGGAAAGCAUGAACUCAUUUAAACUGAAUUUGUUCUGUGUGUAUGCAUGUGUAGCUGAUAGGUUAUCAGAUUAAUAAAGAAAUGAUAAAUGAAUCGACUCCGCUGCCGCUGCCGCCUCUUCGUCCUCAGCCACGUCAACCGGCGGCCCUCCAGUCACGUCCGACCUUCGGCUCACGAUUUAACUGAUCACACGAUCAAGUCCAAGUCACGUGACUUCCGCUCUCACCUGGAAGCCACAGGUAGUAGUCGUUUCCCGAGACUUUACACGACUCCUCAUACGACCAUCACAGAAGACCCUCAAACAGUGAAGCCGUGUGUUGUUAGGCAGUGACUCUUCUGGAUGUCACCUUUCAAUCGCACUGAAUCAGUUUGUGCCUCCAGAAUGUGACUUUUCUGCCUCAGCUUUGACUGAUUUCAUUUCUGCUUGUCUUUUUAUUGGGAGAAGAAGUGAAUUUGUCACCCCUGCGUCAUGUUUGCAGAUGUUCCUCCAAACGACCUCCGAUGAAGUGUCACGCUAGUCUCUGAGCGUGCAACCUGCAAGGCAAAACCCAGGGCUAAACUGACUAGAGGUUUUAACAACCUGCAGGGGGUUUACCAACAAAACUGUACACAUGGUGGUUGUUUUGCAAGCUUUGAGUUUCUUCCUCCUGUCACGGGUCACAGCUGGAUUCAGGCCCCUGUGGGAACAUCUGGAUCAUCUCAUCGGGAUCUCUUGGCUGGUCUCUGUGACCUGAUGAUGGUGACGGCGGAGCUUCUGUUUCCUCCUUGCUGAUGAUUAACUGUCAGCUUUAAUCCGCGUUGUGUUCAGCAGCUGCUGCCUACCUGCCCCGAAGCUUUCUAACUGAUGAGCACUGGGCACGCUCACAUCUGGACAGCUGACAUCACUCUCACCUGUGCGUCCUGGUGGCAGACUGUGGCUUCUCAGAGCUUCACGUUUAAAAACUUCAGUGGUUCAAAAUCACGUGGAAAAAAACUUUCACGUGUGACUGCAGUAAAGAUUUAAUUUAAAAUGAAAUGAAUGUAAUUUUAUGGAGAAAAGUCUUCACAUAAAUCUAACAUGACACCAGCCGAGUGGAAACUGGAGGAGAUCCACAAGUUGGAUUUGUUUCCAUCCUGUGAGCCAAGCUUUAGGCCACAGGGGGCGCUGUGGUGUCUCUGCUGCAGUUAAUGGACUUCAGUCAGGUGUAUGAAGGAGUUUAAACUCCGUACUACACAAAAUAUUUUGCAGAUAAUUUGUAGCAUAGUUUUUUAUUCAUAUGUUUUUAAUCAAUUUAUGUUGUAACAUAUUCGCAUAUUCAAAUGUUAGGAGAGAUAAACCAACAAAUGUAAUCAUUUAAAAAAAGUGCAUGCGUUUUACAUCCUAAUAACUCCAGUGUGAGCUAUUAUGGAGCUGGUGGAAACCAAAGCCGGAGACUUGGGUUGCUCAGCAGUUGUUCUGUGGCUGCUGAUGUCCACGCUGGAUUUCAUUAACAUUUUAUGACUCCCUCAGGUAAGUUUAGUCAGCGAGGCAGCAGGCCUGCAUCACCGCAAAACUUAAACAACUUCAUCAUCUGACGUGAGGAAUCAGAUGAUGAAGACGCCCAGAGUCACGUGUCACAGGCGCGAUUCUCUGGAGCAAAGCGCGCGUGACGGUUUCAGGGUUGCGGGUUUGAAUCCCGCAGGAUCGAAGCCUCCAGAUGUCACGCUAAUGUACAUUUCUGUAUUUAGGUUAUUUCUGUAUUUAGGUUGCUGAGAGGCUCCGGUGACCGACAGGCUGGCCGUCCAAUAGGAGCGCGGCCUGGCUCCCCUGCAGGGUUGUGAUUGGUCAGCGCGGUGACAGAGGGGCGGGGCUGUGAGAUUACAGCAGCAUCUGUGUCUCUGCAGACCCAGCGGAGAGCAGCCCUGCCCGGGAAUCAAACCUCCGAGCACUGACAUCCCGCACCGAGACGGUCCGGGCUUCGCUGCCUGAUCCCCGCUGAAAACGCAGCCAGGUUCCGCUGUUGCUGUCGCGGCUUUACGUGCUGGAUCCCCGCCGGGAGGCUGCGGAGCUCCGGAAGGACGGACGGAGCGUUUCUCCCGGUAAAGACACGGAAACACGAAUGAAACCCGGGAGGAGGAUGAUGGACUGAACUGAUCCGACAUCUGAGAGGGUUUUUAGGCCCGAUGGAAGCUGCGACACAUCUGGACCUGGUGCGUCUGUAUCCCGGUUCCUGCUUCAGUCUGGAAUAAAGCGCCGUGUUUGUGUCUGGAGACUUAAUCCAACCCGUUCGUUUCUUCUCUAGUUUUUAUCUUCUUUUCUCUGAUAAACGGUCCUGAUCGAGAGUUUGAGGGAGCAGGCGGAUCCUCCUCCUCCUCCUCCUCCUCCUGGUCUGGAUUAAAGCCCAUCAGGAUCAUGAAUCAUCCCUCCUCUGCUCCUCUAAUCUGGCCUUUACCGAGCUGGAUUUAAAUCUGAGAUCUGAUCUGGAUUACUCCGCUCCUGGUUCUGAUCGGGUCGCAUCUGACCCGGUCUGAACCGGUCCCGGUCCUCGUGUGAUCUUGAGCAGGUGCUGGUCCCGGUUUGGGGAGUUCUGCUGUCGCCAUGCCGACGUCCCGGCCUGGUUCGGAGCCUGUGGAGUUCUGGGUGGACGGGUCGAGGCGGGACGGGACGGUGGAGGAGUUCUACACCCUGAGCUCCGAGCUGGGCAGAGGAGCGACGUCCAUCGUGUAUCGCUGUGAGGAGAAACAGACUCAGAAACCCUACGCCCUCAAAGUCCUCAAGAAAACGAUCGACAAGAAAAUCGUCCGUACUGAAAUCGGUGUCCUGCUGCGUCUUUCCCACCCAAACAUUAUCCAGCUGAAGGAGAUCUUUGAGACGGACACAGACAUCGCUCUGGUGCUGGAGCUGGUGACAGGAGGAGAGCUGUUCGACAGGAUCGUGGAGCGUGGUUACUACAGCGAGAGAGACGCCGCUCACGUUAUCAAACAGAUCCUGGAGGCCGUCGCGUAUCUACAUGAGAACGGCGUUGUGCAUCGUGACCUGAAACCAGAGAACCUGCUGUACGCCGAUCUGUCGCUGGACGCUCCGCUGAAGAUCGCUGACUUUGGUCUUUCCAAAAUCAUCGACGACCAGGUGACCAUGAAGACCGUCUGCGGGACACCGGGGUACUGCGCUCCAGAGAUCCUGCGGGGAAAUGCCUACGGCCCCGAGGUGGACAUGUGGUCAGUGGGCGUCAUCCUCUACAUCCUACUCUGUGGGUUUGAGCCCUUCUUUGACCCGAGGGGGGAUCAGUACAUGUACAGCCGCAUCCUCAACUGUGACUAUGAGUUCGUGUCUCCGUGGUGGGACGAGGUCUCCCUCAACGCCAAGGACUUGGUCAGUAAGCUGAUUGUCCUCGACCCUCGUAAGCGUCUCAGUGUCCGGGAGGCCCUGCAACACCCAUGGGUGCUGGGCAAGGCCGCCCGCUUCUCCCACAUGGACACCACCCAGAGGAAAUUACAGGAGUUCAACGCUCGGCGCAAACUUAAGGCUGCCAUGAAGGCCGUCGUGGCCACCAGUCGUAUGCAUGAGGGCUCAAGGCGUCGCACCGACAGCUGUGAGAUUCCAGGGUCUGGAACUUCCAGACAGAGCAGCAUGCAGCAGGACCCGCCCCCUGAGUCGACAAGCCCCGCCCCCACAAACAAAGAGACCCCGCCUCCAGAUCUGCAGCAGACAGAUGAGUCAAAGUCAUCCAAACAAGGUGCCCUCAACCCCUCACCUCCACGCAGCCCCAAAACACCCAGCACAGGCUCCGCCCCCACCAGACCACCGCUGCGGGUUGAUGGGCUUCGACAAGCGUCCGUCAUCCCCAAAGUCGUGCCGGUCCAGCCUCGACUGCCACAGAAGAGCUGCUCUGUGGUAGAGCCUUCCUCCAGGGUCGAGGCCGUGCCUGCACUUGCCACGCCUCCAAGUCCCAAUAGCCUCAGCAACGGCUUCGCUCCGGGGGCGGAGCCAGCCAGUAAGACCACCCACUGCCAGUGAUCCCGUUACAAGAGAGGAGAUGCUCCACUCAGCUUCAUCCACAAAAACCACGAGAAAGGUUCAGCCUUCCAUUAACUCUUUACAAACAUUUUGAAUCAUUUAUUGCAACCAAACCACACCAGAACUUCUAACCAGUACAACAACAUCUUCCAGUUCUGCUGUUACGCUAACAUGCUAACAGGUGUGAUGGUUUGUCAGGUGUUUCUCCAGCCUGGAUAGCUGGCUUGUUCCUGCUGUUGGGCUGGAGAUGAAUCUGAAGUAUAUCAUGACUCACAGGUGAUUAAUUCUUCUGUGCUCUCGUUGCUGCGGUAAGAAAAACAUCUGAGCAUGUUGAAGAAGCAGCUCACAGAAUGCAAUGCUUCUCAUUUAACCAUUUUGCUUUUCUUAUACGUAUGAAAAAUGUGUUUUUCCUGACCAACAAAUUCUUUCUUUUAUCAGAUACCGAGCUCUUUAAGUACAUAUGUUAGAACUGUGUUGAACACAGGUAGGCCGAGGGUGGUAUUAGCAAAACAUGAGUUUUCUAGAAUUUCUUUCUGCCUGGUGUAUCUGUGUGGAUAAGUUUAUUUCUGUAUUUUGGGAUUAAUAAUCUCUGGAGAAUUAUAGCAUUGAAGUUGUCCCUUUAUGAGAAAUAAUAAAAAUAAAUGUCUAUAACAUUAUCAGUCUUGACAAUAUGAGAUGUAAGUUACCGUAAUAAUCUAAUGCCUGACUUUACCCUCCACUGAGUUAGACUCCUCAGGAAGCUUCACAUGAAAAGCAUCAGAAAGGGUUCAUUUCCUGUCAGUGUGCUGCUCAGAUCAAACUGAAAGUGGUGUCUCCUCUUACCACAGCAACGACAGUUCAGAUGAAAGUCAACAAGUUUGAGACCAAAAUGAAGCAUCGCGUUGGCGGCGUUGAUCUGUUUCAGAAUCGUUGUCUGCAUGGCGACGUGACAGACCUUUGCGUUUCUGUUGUUAAAGGAUAAUUCCACUACUUUUCAGCGUCCGCCUUGUUCACAUAACUGUCCCUUCUUACUCUGUUAACUUGGUUUUAGAGAUUCUGACAAAACGUGUACUGAGGGAGGCAGGCUCCUGAAGCUUUCAGUCAUUUUAGAGAAAUAAAUUCAAACCUUUCAAAUGACUGUAGAUCAGGCUUCUACAAAGACGAGCCAAAUACGAAGCUUGAUUUUGGUCUCAAACUUGGUGUUUCUCUGAGGAAAGGAAACCUCAGUUUGGUCUGUAAAGGAAUAGCUCAGCAUUUCAGAAAACGGAGUUUUCCACUUUCUUUGACAGUGAGAUGUUCAGGUGGAUCUCAGUCUCAUCUUCGUGUUAAGUCCCGAGCUGGAAACAGGAUGGCUUAGCUCAGUGUAGAGAAAGUUAGCCUAGCUUAGCAACACCUCUAAAGCUAGCUAAACGCUGCACAAAGGGACAUGGCGGAUGGAUACAUACAAUAGUUCAGACUCAUAACUCCCAUAAAGUCCCCCGCCUGAGAUUUUGAAAUGUUGUUCAGUGGCAAGUGUGGAUCAAUUUCUGAAGACACAAGUACGAGAGUGAUAUCAGCUGAACAUCUCGCUGGCAAGGUCUACAAGAGCAUUUCUCAAAAUGUUGAACUACUCCUUUACGGUCUGGUCUGGGACAAACAGAGACUCUGGUCUCCUCUCCGGCUUCUUCUUCUUCUUCUUCUUCUUCUCCUGGUCCAGAAGGUGAAUUUUUCCUUGAACGCUCAGGACAGAGCUGAUUGAUUGUAUUUUAUUAAACUUUGGUGACACGUGUGUGUGUGGACACUGAUGUGAGAGACGAGAGGAGAGACAGCAGCUUCAUCUCGCUCUGCUUUUUCUCAUUCUUCUUCUUCUUCAUCUUCUUCUGCAUUCCUUUUAGUUUCACAGCACGUCCGUGCUGCUUCAGACUUCAGAGAAACAGGAGGUUUCUGGUUCAGUUCGCAUUACAGGCGACUGGAAGAGACAAUCGGCUUUGGGUUUUUUAUCCUUUCUACUCUUUACUGUUGACUCCCGCUGACUUUAUUAUGCAGCUGUGUGAGUAGAUAGAUCUGGUCUGUAGCGUUCAGGUAAGUGACGUGUUGUGUUUGUGAGCCUCUAGUAAACCGUUGUGUUGUUUACUCUUUAUCAGCAGUGAUGAUGAUCUCCUGUUUGCACUGUACAUAGUUUGGUUUUAGACAGAUCAUUACUGAUGUCUGUACCAGUCCACCCGUCCAGAGACACAGUUGGUGUUCAGAACCCCCAGAAAUAACAAAUCUGACCUUUGCUCUUGUUGAAAAUGAAACCCUUUCAUCUGAUCUGAAACCACACGUACUACCUCUUUUUGUACAGGGGCUUCCAAAAUUAUAGAAAUGACGUAGACGUCUCUGGAAAGAAAAUAACGAGGAGCCCAGCGGGCAGAGCUGAUGCCACUCAAAGGAAAACACACAAAUCUACGGUGGCCAGGACGGUCCAAACAGAACUGCAGUUUGAGAAAACAGAAGCAAACCGUGUGGCUGGAGUUCACCCCAGCAAAUGCACCCUGCUGCACCUGAAGUAGAUGAUCAAGACAUUCUGGGUUCACAUUUAUCACGUCUUAGCUGGGGAAGUCAGUUUGAAAGUAAAAUCAACUUAUCUACCACCAAUUUAUCUCAACCAAUGUCUCAGCCAAGAUUUAGGAGAGUGAACAGCAUAUUUAGUUUCUCAGUAUAUUUGAAAAAAGCGUUAUCCUGGUCCUGGUCCUGGUCCUGGUCCUGGUCACGUCUGCACGUCUAAAACAAAGUUGAUCCGUAGGUUUUUUCAGGUCGCUGUGCUUUUUGUUCUGUCUCAGCCACCGUAGAAAAAUCAUGGGAUGUGCAGAGGAACACAUUCGUCCCUGAAGGGCUUUUUUCUUUAAAGAGGAACCAAAUGCCUUUAAUGCCCAGUCGCUGUGAUCACCUGUGUGGACUGAAGCCAGCAGGAUUCAUUCAGUACCUGCUGUCACCACUAGAUGUCAGGCUGUCGAUCUGAACAGGUUAGCGUUUGGUAAAAAGGCAAAAUGAUGCAGCCCACGCCAAGGCUUCAUGACCAAACAAGAAGCUCUGUGACUGGUCGAUUCGAGUGUCAGUCAAAGCAGGCCUCACUGUGUGACACACUCUGCUUUGUAGUUUGGAUCCUCUUUAAAUAAGUUGUGACUUCUGCACGUCCUGUGUUGGUCGCAGCAGCGUUUACCUGUUCACAGCUGUUUCUAACUGCUUGCCAAAUGGAACACACUGGUUAAAAGCAUGUACUCUGUAUAUUUGAUUUACAUCUAUACUCUUAUGUAAAAACCUGAAUACUUUGCUUCUAUUUAUCUCAGCUUCUGAGGGGCAUUGGGAGGGGGAUCGAGGUGGGCGGGGCUAAACUGUAAAUGGUGUUUGUUUUGUGUUUACUGAGUGAACUCGUACAUUUUUUUUAUUUUGAAGGAUGACAUAUAAACUGACAGUGUGACAGCCUCAGCUGUUACAUGUGUAUCUUUGCAUGUAUUAUUUACUUUCUGUUGAUCAUAUCAGAUUAAAGACUCCUGCAGGACUCAGUAACAGCAGCU